UAUACCUAAUUUUGAUUUAUGUAACUUAGGACAAGGUCAUUUUGUUAUAGAUAGGAAUGUCGUUAAUGUAGGAUAAAAUAGAUACUUCAAUACCUUGAUUUGUGUCAUCUUAGGUGCACGGCAGAUGAAAAAGAAAAAAAGCAAGCAAAAUGAAAAAUGAACAAUAUAUUCAAGAUGAUCAAGGGUAAAUUUUAUAUCAAAUGUAUAUGAAGAAUUGUAUUAUAGAAUGAAGAGAGGUAACUUCAACAUUUUUAAGUAACUCUCACUUUUUCUUCUAUAGCAAUUAGUAUCUUAUAUACCACAUAAUGAAAACACUUUUUAACUUUUGAUUGAGUUUUAAGUUUAAAUAAUCAAUAAAAAAUAAAGACAUAAUUCAUGAAUAUCAAACAAAUUCAUGUUAUAUAAUUAAUUCUCUUAUUAUAAAAAGUCAAUCCUUAAAAAUUAAUGUGAUAAAUCAUAAAUCGAUCUUACAUAAAAGUAGAUCAUGAAUAUCAAGAAACUCAUGAAUUAAUCUCUCAUCAUUAUUUUAAAAAAUAAAACUCUCUUGUGAUUUUGGUCAAACCUCAAAAAACUAAAAACAAUAAUAAUUUUGCUAAAAUUUAGGAAACCGAAUAAAAUGAUUUACCCAUUAAUAAUGUCUAGUUAUUACUCACUUUACACACUGACAAGAUUCUCCACUUCUUCUUCUUCUUCCCCACUCCCCAGUAUCCCGAAUUACUUUUCUUCCUCUCUUUCUCUCUCUCUUGAAAUUGUGCUCUCCAGGAGGGAAUUUUCUCCCUCUUUCUUCUGUUUAUCCCUUUUCUCUCCAAAGGGUUUUAAUCAAAUUCCUCAUACUGAUAAAGUGUAAUCGUCAAGAUUCCUCCUGCUGAAGAUCGGCGGAAAUCAAUUUAGGGUUUUCCCAUCCCAUCCAAAUUCGCCGGGCGGGGAAGACGGGCAGCCAAUCGCCGCAAAUUCGGAUUUUUUUUUCCAGGUAAUGCAUCUUUCCGAUACUUCGUUUUCAGCAAGUUCCGUUUUCUAUUCGGAGCUAGAAAUGGAGGUAGAGCUUGAACUGACGGCGCUCUGUUGACUUUUUUCUUAAUUGGUUAUGAGGUUAGAGAGAGAGAGAGAGAGAUAGAGAGGGAAGAGAGAGAACGGCAAGUCUUGGGAUUGGGCAGUGAUCGGAUUGAUUGGGCGAAAGGAGAGAUUCAGCGGCUUUGGAGAUACGCGAGACGAAGAAGAGCAAAUGCCGGAGGAAGAUUUUGUGGAGCUCAAGUUCAGGUUGUACGAUGGAACCGAUAUUGGUCCGUUUAGGUAUUCGCCGGCGUCUACCGUUGCUGUUCUGAAGGAAAGAAUCGUCGCUGAGUGGCCAAAAGAUAAAAAAAAUACACCCAAAGGAGCAAAUGACAUCAAACUGAUAAAUGCCGGAAAGAUUUUGGAAAACAGCAAGACUGUUGGCCAGUGUAAGGCCCCUUUUGGAGAUCUACAGAAUGGUGUGAUUACCAUGCAUGUCGUCGUGCAGCCAUCUUUGGCCAAAGCAAAGACAGAGAAAAAGGUCGACGAUGCUCCAAGAAAAAAUCUAUGUUCGUGUACCAUAUUGUGAGAAGGCGCUUUGGGUUUGUUGAUUUGUUCAACUUAGGGAGGAGGGGAGGAGCUUUUAUACCGGCGGUGAUGUUGGUCCUGUUCAAAAUCUGAGGAUCGUGAUGGAUAUGAGUUGUAAGAAUGCUGUAUACAUCCUCUCACUGCCAAAACAUGUCUCUUUGUGUGUCAGGGGCUGGGGUUGAGUUCAGUCCUGCCCUUUUGAUUGUAUGUUGUGAUAAAAAAAAAAUGUAUUCCUGCAUUUUGAUUGAAAAUUUGUGUACCUUGUUCCUCAUCACUACUUCACUAUUUCUAAAUGAUAUAUAUAUAUAAAUCUUACCCUUUUCUUUCAUGCGGUCUCUUCAUCCAACUCUCAUGUAAAGUGUUCUGAUAACUUGCCCUUUGUUUGUUCAAGCCUGAUUCUAUAGUUUUGUCCACUACAAGUAUUGUUAGUAAAUACAGUGCAAGAUAAGAAGGCUGGCUAUCUUUAUGCUUGAAUACAAAGUGUGAGAAGGAAAUGUAUCUUCUUGCAGCAAGUAUAUGAAUGGAUGAAUGGUACAAAUUGGGUUAGUGACCCUUGUAGUAGUUUAUUAACAAAAAAUGGAGUUCUUGUAAUAUUUUAGUAUUUGUAGAGUCCAUUCUCGAUAACUCACCUGCUUCUUAAAUUUCCUAUUGCUGUUUAAGAAUAAUGGGGUUGAAAUGAG